UUUCCGGUAACAUGGCAGGCAUGAAGACUGACAUAGAAGUGUUAGCGGCAUAUUUAGGCCAUUCAUCAGUAGAUGUGGACAUCGAUGAUAAGCAGAAGGUUCCUCUUCUUGGUGUUGAUGGUGGCUUCAAGUUGAGGGGGUUUGGAACAAUAUGCAAAUAUUUGGCUAAACAAGCAAAGAGGCUUGAUUUAUUAGGAAACCAGCCAGAAGCCCAGGCAGCUGUUAGCCAGUGGCUGGAGUAUAGAAUAACACAAGUUGACAGGUGUGGCACUGAUAAGGACAAACAGUGUAUACUGGAGGAUAUCAAUAGGUUUUUACAAAAAAGAGUAUAUUUGGUAGAAUACCAGCCAACAUUAGCAGAUCUUCUUUUGUAUUAUAGUUUACACAGUGUGAUGACUGAGCUUACCUUUUUGGAAAAACAGAAACUUAUGCACCUUUCCAGAUGGUUUAAUCAGGUCCAGCAUCUUCCCGGCAUUUACCAGACAUUGCCAGUUGUCCCCUUUCAGAGGAACAGGAUAUAUGGCCACAAUGCACACUGAUAAAGGGAAGAACAGGCUCACAAAUUCCAUGGACAUUUCAAUUUUUAGACAAAGAACAUAUCAAUUUUGUGAUUUUCAUACAAGGUGGCAUGGGCUGCAUAGGGAGCCAGUAUUUUAUACAUGAAUUCAUAUUUUUUGACUUCAUUGUGCUUGUUGCAUGUUAUGUAGGUGCUGUGCUGGUAUAUAACAAUACCAAGAAGUGUCACUUUGUGUAAUUAAAGAAUUUGAAAAUUAAUUAUGAAAAUCAUUGUGUUCCAGAAACACUGGGUUGAUUCAGAAACUCAAAAUUCAGCCUCUAGGAAGUUAAAUUUUGUUUUUAAAUUUGACAAGAAAACUAUAAUUCACUUUACCAUUUAAAGAUGACAAACUUAAUUGGUAUAUGUUACAAGGUGGUUGUAAGAUUUUUAGUCGAAGGGAUAUUGGUGGUGUUUUGCUGUAGGGACUGGACGCGCCACCUUGCCAUUGUGAAGAAGUUCAUGAUAGAGAUACACACGUUGUUCCAUUUGAUAGUUACUCAACAAAUACUCAGGUUUAUUAUACUACUACACAUAGUGCCAAUUUGACCAAGUUUUGUGAUAUUUAUGUGUCACAUACCAUGGAAAUAAUGAUCUUAGACUAAUGGGAAUCAUCUGAGAUCACCCCAAUCUAGGGACUUGGGUGUAAAAUCAAGCAAGAUUUUGAGGAAAGUGGGUUCAGAAAUAAAAGCAGAUUUGCAAAUGAAGUGCAGCAAAAAAUAAAAACUGGCAGACUUGGGGUGCUUUCCCAGAGAUUUAGAUCGAUCUAAAGAUUAAGUUUGUAAGAGUUUGUACUAAAA